CCCAGAUUUGCAUGGUCUCAUCGUACUCAGAGCAGUCAAGGACCGCUGGUCGUCGCUCUGCUGGCUCAAGCGCUUAAGCUGGUAGCUGGUAGCUAUGGCGCGAGGGUUAAAAGGCCUGUCGUGGGGCACCCUGGUUGCCGAAUGAAGAAAGGAGUGGGAGUUUUGAUUCCAAUCGUGGCAGCAGUGGUUUUCUUACUGCAGAGCGAAGGCAGACUGAAGACGUCAGUUCCUGGAGGAAAGGGCAGCUCUGCUACAGAGAAGAAUCUUUGGCUGGCAACAUCUGUUGGUGGCUUUGAGGUGUGUCUGGUGAUUUGCCUUCACCUUUUGAAGCGUCAGCGUGAGCAGACCUGGCAGGGAGCCAAUAUUGAAGCUCUGAUACCAUGUUUGGCCAUCGGAGCCUGGCUGAGUGACGACGGCCACAGAGCGCAGAAGGGACACUGCAGCGUCCGGGUCGUUUCUCGCUUCUCAGGAUGGAUCAUUCGAUUUCUUUGUCCAAUUCCUGCAGGUGUCUCUGACCAGGCUUGGUCCAUGCUAUCGAUUUUCGUCUCCAUGAUCGUGGCGGUAGUCUUGCGACCUUUGCCUCCAGCGGCGGCCACCGUGGUGGCCAUGUCGGUGGUGGUCUUCACGGGGACCGCGACCCUGGCACAGGGACUGAAAGCAUUCACCGACGAGGUUGUUUGGCUUGUGGUGAUCGCCUUUUUUCUCGCGGAUGGCUUUCAGAAGACAGGUCUUGGGGACCGAAUCGCCUUGAACGUGAUCCGGGCUGUGGGGGGCACCACGGUGGGCUUGGCGUAUGGUCUGAACUUUGCAGAGCUCAUGGUGGCAGCAACGAUGCCUUGCUCGGCCGCACGUGCGGCAGCAGUGUUUUAUCCGAUCACCAAGUCUGUCUGUAAAGCCAGUGGCUCAGACCCUGACGAGGGAACCGAGUUCAAGUGCGGGAAAUUCCUGGUGGAGUGCUGCUAUCAGGCCACUGCGACAUCGUCGUGCAUGUUCCUCACUGGUGCAGCGCAGAACUAUUUCGUGCUGAAACUCGCCGAGGAUGUUGGAGUUCAUGUGGAACAUCCUUUUCACAGUUGGUUUACUGCAGCUGUAAUACCUGCUUCGGUCUCCUUCUUGCUGACCCCACUGAUCGCUUUGAAGCUUCUGCCGCCCGACGCGCGGACCACGCCCGACGCACCCAAGGUGGCGCAGCAGCGGCUGGAUGCGAUGGGCCCCAUCUCCAUCGAUGAGAAGGUCUUUCUUUGUGUCAUGCUAGGUAUGGUAGCUCUGUGGGCUUCCACAUCAUUGAUUCACAUCUCGCCGGCGGUCACUGCAUUCUGCGGCAUUGGACUGCUGCUAAUGACCGGUGUCAUCACGUGGGAGGACUGUGCCAGAAAUCAGCAGGCAUGGAGUACCUUCGUGUCAUUCGCCAUUUUGGUCGGUCUGGCAGAGAGAUUGAAGAGUCUCGGCAUCGUGGAGUGGGUGUCGUCGGUGGUCACGUCAAGAAUUAGAGCUGCUGGACUGGCACAGGUUCCGGCCUUUCUGGUCAUUGUCACCGCGUAUUGGCUCAUUCAUUACCUCUUCGCUUCACAGGUUGCACAUGUCUCGGCCUUGUUCCAGCCGUUUUUGGUCAUGUUAGUCGAGACUGGAACUCCCGGGAUCCCGGCCGUUUUCGCGUUGGCCUUUGUGUCCAACCUUUUCGCAACUCUGACGCCCUAUGCCUCUGCGCAGUCGGCGGUUCUGUUCGCUGGACAUUACAUUACUGCAUUUGAAUGGUACAAGGCUGGCUUUGUUUAUAUGCUUGCCUACUACAUACAAUGGCUCGUAGUCGGUGCUGUGUGGUGGCGAAUGAUUGGACUUGUUUGACUGAAAAAGUGGUCAGAACACCAUAUCCUUUGCUGCCCAAUUGCGGCUCCCAAGCUUUGAUAAUCUUCUCCAGAUGUGCGAAAUCGUCGGAGCAACUUUUCUGGCGCAAAGAACGAUCGCACGUCCAGCACCAUUUGGAUGUGGCUCCACAA